AUGAGGCUUCUUGGCUGUGGUACAUACGCAGACGGUAGACUAAGCCGUCACAUCACUGGUCUUCACAAUCCAAAGAAGUCACUCGGGGUGAUUGCCUUGCAUGAUGAUGGUCAACUCCGUGUAGAGAAAUGCCAGCUAUCUACCGAGAUGACCAAAAAGUUGUGGUCCUGUCUUAGAUCAUUCACUUCACUGAACCGUCUCACCAUCUCAGACUCCUCUCUCAGUUUCCCUUCAUCUCCUCCUGACCUUCCACCAGUCACAAAGCUAUCAGCCGAUAGUGUGACGUCACAAAGCUAUGAAGGUCUGCUUUCAUCGCUUCCUGGCUUGACACAUAUCGAUAUUACUAUCGAUGAUGCAGAGAGAGACAUACCUCAGAUCACGGCUUGUCUUCGUCGGACCGGAGGACAGCAGCUCACAAACAUCGACCUUACAGCACCGCCAUCACUCCCAUCAGAGAAGCAGAGUGUAUCGAGAGAGACGAUGAGAGGACUGGGUCUUCUGAUCAGAGAACAAACCAGGAACCUGGAGUGGCUAACCCUGUUCAGAGUGAAGUGCACAGUCGAGGAAGACUUGGUUUACCUCAUCGAGUGCUGCAGACGGGUGAAGACGAUGUUAUGCGUGUGGUAG